AUUUCUCCAAGCCCAAUCCAAGAGAUCCAAUUCAAUUUACUUCACAAAUUUGAAAGGUGUUUAUAAAGAAAUUAGGGUUUUACGAGCGGCUGCCUCUUCAUCAACCUCUCAAACCCUAAUUUGAAGUUUGACUUUCUCUUCACUCUGCAAACAUGGGGAAGACACGUGGUAUGGGAGCUGGACGCAAGCUGAAGUCUCACCGCAGAAGACAAAGAUGGGCUGACAAGUCCUACAAGAAAUCCCAUCUUGGAAAUGAAUGGAAGAAGCCAUUUGCUGGUUCAUCCCAUGCUAAAGGCAUUGUGCUUGAGAAGAUAGGUAUUGAGGCUAAGCAGCCCAACUCUGCUAUUCGUAAAUGUGCUAGGGUUCAAUUGAUCAAAAACGGGAAGAAGAUUGCUGCAUUCGUUCCUAACGAUGGUUGUUUGAACUACAUUGAAGAAAAUGAUGAGGUGUUGAUUGCUGGAUUUGGUCGAAAGGGUCAUGCCGUAGGAGAUAUUCCUGGUGUCAGAUUCAAAGUUGUGAAGGUUUCUGGUGUAUCUCUCUUGGCUCUCUUCAAGGAGAAGAAGGAGAAACCAAGAUCUUAAUUUGCCAUUUUGCCAAAAUACUGUUUCCAUGGACUUCUAGUUUUCUUGAGUUUUUACUUUUUGAGCAACUAUUUUUAAUAUAGGCACCUUGCACUGGAAUUUUGGUUCAUUUCUUUUGAGUUCCUGGUGUUACGUAA